UAUUCACGUCAACGAGAAAAAAAUGGGUGUAUGUGUCUAGUAGUAAGCAGGUUUUUUUUGUAUGUAAAAAGACCCCAGUGAAUGUUGUUAAACAGAACCAAACACACUCCAGGCUUUAUUCGCGGGUGAACCUGCGGGUUCACGUCACUUUGAUAUCUCCAAGGAAGAGGAAUAUCAAAAAAGAGAUCAGCGGGACUAUCAACGAUGGCAUUUACGGCGGUGUGGAACUACUGCGUUCCCUUGUCCGUCAUCACUUUGCUCUCUCUUGUGGGGACAGCGCGUUGCCAGGCGGUGCAGGCUGAGAAUGUGACAGUGUUGGAGGGAGGCACGGCCCAGAUCUCCUGUCGUCUGCAGAACUAUGACGGCUCCAUCGUGGUCAUCCAGAACCCUCGCAGACAGACCCUCUUCUUCAACGGCACACGAGCGUUGAAGGAUGACCGUUUCCAGAUGGUUCUCUUCACUCCCCGCCUGGUGCGCAUCACCCUCACCAACGUGAGCGUGUCGGACGAGGGCGGCUACUUCUGCCAGCUCUACACCGACGACACCCACCACCAAGUGGCCACGCUGUCCGUGUCCGUCCCUCCCGACACCCCCACGGUGGAGGUGAAGCAGGAGGCCGUGGAGGGGGGCGAGGUGGAGCUCACCUGCCUGUCGCCGCGCAGCAAGCCCCCCGCCACGCUGCGCUGGAUCAGGGACCGCCGGGAGAUACCAGGUGUGGUGUCCCAGCAGGAAAAUGGGAAGACAGUGAGUGUGUCCAGCACCAUCCGUGUCCCUGUGGAGAGGAGAGACAACGGGGCAGCGGUCAGCUGUGAGGCAUCCCACCCCGCCCUGGGGGGGCAGAAGAGGGUCCGCCACUACCGCCUCGACGUCCACUUUGCCCCCACAGUGAGGAUCAUCCCUCCCCCUGGCAUCCUCCGAGAGGGAGACUCUCUCAGCCUCACCUGCUCCAUCACUGGCAAUCCACUGCCUAGAGAUGUCCAGUGGACUAGGAUUAAUGACACCUUACCUGAGAGGGCGGAGAUCUCUGGCCCCACCCUCCAGGUGUCCCGUCUCAGCCAAUCACACAACGGGACCUACCUGUGUCAGGCGCAGAACAACUACGGCCGUGCCGCUGACCACUACACGCUGCUGGUGUACGACCCCGGGGCAGUGAUUGAGACCCACAGUGCAGUACCGUAUGCUGUGAUAGGCGGCAUCCUGGCUCUGCUGGUCUUCACCGUCAUCUGUGUUCUCAUCGUCACCAUCUGGUGCUCUGUCCGACAGAAAGGUUCAUAUCUUACCCAUGAGGCCAGUGGGCUGGACGAGCACGGGGAGGUCCAGGAGGCUUUCCUCAACGGGAAUGAUGCCAGUCAGGGCAAGAAGGAGUACCUACUGUAGCCUCCAUCCCCAAAACCCACACCCCUCCCCCAACACGCCAUGACGGGUGGCCUUCUGAAUCUACUGUAAUACUACUGCACACAGACCACAUCACAGACCACAACACAGACCACAACACAGACCACAACAGAGACUGAAAGAGAGACGAUCCGUCCAGCCCUUACAUUACAACUGUGCCAUACUGUAGAUGUACUGGAGGAAGGAGCGAGGGAGCGAGGGAGGAUGGCAGAGAUAGGGGAAAGUGAUAAUAGGGUCAUUAUUUUGAUAGAGAGAAGAGAUAACAAGAAAGAAAGCCUCAGCACUUUCCUUCCCUGUGGUAAUUGGAGAGGGAGGGAGAGAGAGAGAGGAAAGAGAAAAAAACUUCAAUUUCCAAAAUGUUCAAUCCAUAACUGGCACAGACAAACAAGUGGGGUGGGUAUGGUUUCCAGAAGCUAUUGAGUUUGAAUGCUCAAUUUGAUUACUUGAAAUUGCCAAAGCACAUCAGCCCACAGAGAGCAGCUCAUCUAUAAUUAUUUGACAACAUUGCAGAGUGUUACCCUGAAAGUCUCUUAAAGUAUUUCUGAACUAUUCAGUCAAUUCUGCAGACGACCCAGGUAUUGUAUUUGCCGUCCGUUCUGGGGAGUCUGCCAAUGUUUUCUGGGUAAUUUAGAAACCUUCCUGUUAUGAAUGACUGCUUUCCUCGCAGAACAGAACUGUUGUUUCUCUUCUUUGAAUUCUCUCUCUUUCUCCCUCCCUCUCUAUUCACCUCUCUUUCUCAUCCUCUUCUUCUCCCUUGUUCCCUCCCUCCAUCCCUC